AUGUCCGCGGCCGCGGGCGCGUCCCCUUCUGGCAAGCGCUCUGGACGACAGCUGGGACGGAACAACUCGGACGAGGCCCCGCCGAAGAAGAAGGUCGACGCAGGUGACAGCGAGGACAGCGGCAUGGACACCCCUCGGUCUACGCAUGGCCCAGCAGAUCAAGAGCAGCAGCAACUCAAGCAGUAUAUCGACAGCACGAGGACCGACGUCAUGGAAAGCCUACGAGUCAUGCAAGCUUCUUUGUCGGCGCUCAGUGGCACGAUGUCGGAGCAUUGCAAAGCGAUCGACAAAGCGGUGGAGAAAAUGAUGUGCAAGGUUGAACACAAGGUGGCGGUACAUGAUACGCGUAUCGACAAGCUGGAAAAGGAGGUGCAGGAACUCAGGGACUUACUCGGGCUCAUGCGCCGUGAGGAGGCUCCGAGGCCCCAGGCGGCCAGUGGUGGCUUCGACAGAGAGAUCGACUCGACGAUCAGCAUGGUGCGGACGCGCGAGGUCAUGCCGAAGGCAGCGAUCGCACGUGCAGUUCAGCCGUGGCUGGAGGACAGCAACCUGGGGGAGGGCGAGUUCACCGUGGAGGGCGAGCCCGCGGACACGAGGUACCAGAUCGUGGUCAAGGGCGCGCGUGGCUAUGCUGCGCGAAAGGUUUCGCAAGCUAUUAGUUCUCUCAGACUUCCUGGUCGCGGUGCGGGCUGGUGGAAGAUUACUGCGCAGUCGCCUCUCGGUGCGGAGGUGGAGCUGUCCAUCAGCCCAGACAAGAGCCCGAAGCAGGUGGCCAGGGAGCUCGGAUGUAAGAAAAUUGUGCGGGCCAUUGCAGACGUGUAUCCGAACAAGAAAUACUUCGUGGAUAGGGGGAAGGGGGUGGUCAGCUCUUCGUGGAAAGACCUCAUCUCCUUCGAACCGACGCCUGGCAACCAGCCCCCGAUCAUCAACUUCAGCGACAAGAACAUUGAGGGGCUCCAGAUGUCGGCGGAGAGGCUCCGCCAGGCAGUGGGCAGCCUCUUCGGCUCCGCCACCGAGACGGAGUG